AUGAUUUCUUUAAUUCUUUUCUUUUUACUUUUUCCUCUGCAAAACAAGGAUCACUUCCUAAGUGAAAUGCUUUUCCCCCUCUCCUUUUCUCAAUCUCUCUCUUCUUCUCCCUCUCUUUCUCUCUCAGCAAAAUUUUACGAUCAGAAACGGCGCCUUUUCCACCGCUUUGUCUUCCACUUUUUCUCAGUAAAAUUUGCUAAAAAACUUGCUCAGCCAAAAUUUGCUCAGCCAAAAUUUGCCCAGCAAAAAUUUGCCCAGCAAAAAUUUGCUAAACGAAAUGUCGCACAAAAAAAACAUUCUCUCUCUCUCUCUCUCUCUCUCUCUCUCUCUCUCUCUCUUCGUUCUCUUUUUUCUUCUUCCUUCAUUCGGAGAAAGGUUUCGUUUUUAUCUACUCUCUCUUUCUUAUUCUUUUGCAAGAAAAUGCAAAAAAAAAAUGGCUCUUUCUCUUUUAUCUAUCAUUUUCUUAUCAAAAAUUUACUAAAAGCAAACUCUCUCUCUCUCUCUCUCUCUCUCUAA